AUGGCCGCGCUCCGGGCCGCGCUCAGGGCCUUGUUCGCGGCCCCCCGAGCCCGGUCGCCGCCGCUGGGCCGCCGCCCGCCGCCCGCGCCCCGCUCCGCCUCGGCCGCCGCCCGCGGCGCUGCCAUGGAGCCGGCGCCCCGCUGGCUGGCGGGGCUGCGCUUCGACAACCGCGCCCUGCGCGCGCUGCCGGUGGAGACGCCGCCGCCCGGCCCCGAGGGCGCCCCGUCCGCGCCGCGGCCCGUGCCCGGGGCCUGCUUCAGCCGCGUGCGGCCCGCCCCGCUGCGCCAGCCGCGCCUCGUGGCGCUGUCGGAGCCCGCGCUGGCGCUGCUGGGCCUGGGCGCGCCGCCCGCCGACGCCGCCGCCCGCGAGGCCCGGGAGGCCGAGGCCGCGCUCUUCUUCAGCGGCAACGCGCUGCUGCCGGGCGCCGAGCCCGCCGCGCACUGCUACUGCGGCCACCAGUUUGGCCAGUUCGCGGGGCAGCUGGGCGACGGCGCCGCCAUGUACCUGGGCGAGGUGUGCACGGCGGCCGGCGAGCGCUGGGAGCUGCAGCUCAAGGGCGCGGGCCCCACGCCCUUCUCCAGACAGGCUGACGGCCGCAAAGUCCUUCGGUCGAGCAUCCGGGAGUUCCUGUGCAGCGAAGCCAUGUUCCACCUGGGCAUCCCCACCACGCGGGCCGGGGCCUGCGUCACGUCCCAGUCCACGGUCGUCCGAGAUGUGUUCUAUGACGGCAACCCCAAAUACGAGAAGUGCACGGUGGUGUUGCGGAUCGCUUCCACCUUCCUGAGGUUUGGAUCCUUUGAGAUUUUUAAGCCUGCAGAUGAGCACACAGGCCGCGAGGGCCCCAGCGUGGGGAGAAACGACAUCCGGGUCCAGAUGCUUGACUACGUCAUCGGCACCUUCUAUCCUGAGAUCCAGGCCACUCACGCCGAGGACCGUGUGCAGAGGAAUGCCGCCUUCUUCCGGGAGGUGACCCGUCGCACGGCGUGGAUGGUGGCCGAGUGGCAGUGCGUGGGCUUCUGCCACGGUGUGCUCAACACAGACAACAUGAGCAUCGUGGGGCUUACCAUCGACUACGGGCCCUUCGGCUUCCUGGACAGGUAUGACCCUGACCACGUGUGCAAUGCCUCCGACAAUGCCGGCCGCUAUACGUACAGCAAGCAGCCCGAGGUCUGCAAGUGGAACCUGCAGAAGCUGCUGGAGGCCCUGGAGCCCGAGCUGCCCCGCGAACUGGGUGAGGCCAUCCUGGCCGAGGAGUUUGACUCCGAGUUCCACCGGCACUACCUGCAGAAGAUGCGGAGGAAGCUGGGCCUGGUGCGGAAGGAGCUGGAUGACGACGGGGCGCUGGUGGCCAAGCUCCUGGAGACCAUGCACCUGACCGCUUUCCUCAACAGUCUUCCUUCCGUGGUGGUUGGAGAUUCGUCCUCUGAGCAGAUCAAGACUUCCUCUGUGGCUGAACCCGUCCAUCCCGGUCCCGGAGGGGCCAGCAGCCCUCUCGGCGUCUGCUGGCCAUCUGGACGUUCCAUCCAUUAUCCAAAGUGGGGUGCUGCAGCCUCCUGCGCCCUCAGGGCACCGUGCCGGUCCUCCUUCCAUGUUACGAACAUUUGCUUUGUGUGUCUCGCGCUGGCUUGGCCCGUCCACCUGUCACAUCUUGAUGAAUGGACUGUCCGUUGCUACAGCCCUGGUGGUGCGUGGUCUCCUGCGGAGGCCCUGUGUCUGAUGGUGGCAGGGCUGGCCCAGCUCUGCAGGUUUCCGGCUGUUUGGGAUAGUUUUUCUGUCCUUUCCCUUUGGACUCGGUAAGUUCAAAGUCUUUUUGGACGUGUCACGUGGAGAGAAUCCAUUUACUGCUGAAGUCGUCCCUGAGGAGGGGUUGUCGGUAGCCGUUGCCCUUGUCCCGGCCGCAUUCAUCCCUCUCCUCCUCGGCGCCUAUCUCUGUAGCAGACUGUUCUGGUUCCCGGCCGGUUCCUCUGGUUCCCGGCCAGUUCCUCUUGUGUCUAUUUCCGGGACGUUCUAGGGGCUGCGGUGAAUGUUCUCACAAGUCAGCCUGAGGACUCCCCGUGUCUGUUGUGUGUCUGGACGUGCCCCAGGGGCUUCUCUUCGAUGCUCUGCAGCCCCAGGAGGCAGUGGGGACGCAGAGCACAGCAAGGGUGGCCGGGGCCUGACCUGCGUGCCUCUGCUGCCUGGACCUGACGCAUAGCUGAAGGACCUGGGGCGUGGAGUG